GAUGGCUAUGAAGGUGGCGCUCGUUGAUGGUUGAUCGGUCUUUGGAUCCAGGGUAGGGGUCGCCUCGCGUGUGAUCGGCUCACACAGGACCAGAGGGCGCGGACGGCUGAAGCUCAACCUGGAACCCACCGGCGAAACCAGGCUCCGCCCGGCCAUGCCCGCCGGGAGCAACGAGCCGGACGGCGUCCUCAGCUAUCAGAGACCAGAUGAGGAAGCUGUGGUGGAUCAGGGAGGGACCAGCACAACCCUCAACAUUCACUAUGAGAAAGAGGAAUUGGAAGGUCACAGAACUCUGUAUGUGGGGGUUCGGAUGCCUCUGGGGAGGCAGAGCCAUCGGCACCACCGAACUCAUGGCCAGAAGCACCGGAGGCGAGGAGGGCGGGGCAAAGGAGCCAGCCAGGGCGAGGAGGGCUUGGAAGCCUUGGCCCACGACACCCCGUCGCAGCGUGUUCAGUUCAUUCUUGGCACUGAGGAGGAUGAAGAGCACGUGCCCCACGAGCUGUUCACAGAGCUGGACGAGAUCUGUAUGAAAGAGGGGGAAGAUGCUGAGUGGAAGGAGACGGCCAGGUGGCUGAAGUUUGAAGAGGACGUGGAGGACGGGGGAGAGCGCUGGAGCAAGCCUUACGUGGCCACGCUCUCUCUGCACAGCCUGUUUGAGCUGAGGAGCUGCCUCAUCAACGGCUCCGUCCUUCUGGACAUGCGUGCGAGUAGCAUAGAGGAGAUCUCAGACCUGAUCUUGGACCAGCAGGAGCUGCUCCGAGACCUGAGUGACAGCGUGCGGGUUAAAGUGCGGGAAGCGCUGCUGAAGAAGCACCACCAUCAGAACGAGAAGAAGAGGAACAACCUCAUCCCCAUUGUCCGCUCCUUUGCCGAGGUUGGCAAGAAGCAGUCUGACCCGCAUUCCAUGGACAGAGAUGGGCAAACUGUGUCUCCUCAGUCUGCUCCAGCAACAAACCUUGAGGUGAAGAAUGGCGUGCCCGGUGAGCACAGCCCCGUGGAUCUAAGCAAGGUGGAUCUUCAUUUCAUGAAAAAAAUCCCCACGGGGGCAGAGGCCUCCAACGUCCUGGUCGGAGAGGUCGACACUCUGGACAGGCCCAUCGUCGCCUUUGUGAGGCUCUCCCCGGCUGUGCUCCUCUCUGGCCUGACAGAAGUGCCCAUCCCAACGAGAUUUUUGUUUAUCUUACUGGGCCCGGUGGGAAAAGGGCAGCAGUACCAUGAGAUUGGCAGGUCCAUGGCCACCAUCAUGACGGAUGAGAUUUUUCAUGAUGUGGCGUAUAAAGCAAAAGAACGGGAUGACCUCCUAGCAGGGAUCGAUGAGUUCCUGGAUCAGGUGACGGUGCUCCCGCCAGGGGAGUGGGACCCGUCCAUUAGAAUUGAGCCACCCAAGAAUGUCCCUUCCCAGGAAAAAAGAAAAAUGCCUGGUGUUCCAAACGGGAGCAUUUGCCACAUAGACCCAGAACCACAUGGGGGACACAGUGGGCCAGAACUUGAGCGGACCGGGCGGCUGUUUGGGGGCUUGGUGCUGGAUAUCAAGCGGAAGGCUCCCUGGUACUGGAGUGACUACCGGGAUGCUCUCAGCUUACAGUGUCUGGCCUCCUUCCUGUUCCUGUACUGUGCCUGCAUGUCACCUGUUAUCACCUUCGGGGGACUGCUUGGAGAAGCCACUGAAGGACGAAUAAGUGCAAUCGAGUCGUUGUUUGGAGCGUCCAUGACCGGGAUCGCGUACUCUCUCUUUGCCGGGCAGCCUCUCACCAUCCUGGGAAGUACGGGGCCCGUGCUGGUGUUUGAAAAGAUUUUGUUCAAGUUCUGCAAGGACUAUGCCCUUUCCUACCUCUCCCUGCGCGCUUGCAUCGGGCUGUGGACCGCCUUCCUGUGCAUUGUCCUGGUGGCGACGGAUGCCAGCUCCCUAGUCUGCUAUAUCACCCGCUUCACGGAGGAAGCCUUCGCCUCCCUGAUCUGUAUUAUUUUCAUCUAUGAAGCCAUAGAAAAGCUGAUUCACCUGGCAGAGACCUACCCUAUCCACAUGCACAGCCAGCUGGACCACCUGAGCCUCUAUUACUGCAGGUGCGUGCUCCCGGAGAAUCCGAACAACCACACCUUACAGUACUGGAAGGACCACAACAUCCUCACUGCAGAAGUGAACUGGGCAAACCUGACUGUCAGCGAGUGCCAGGAGAUUCACGGGGAAUUCAUGGGACCUGCCUGUGGCCACCACGGACCCUAUACGCCUGAUGUGCUCUUCUGGUCCUGUAUUCUGUUCUUUGCCACCUUCAUUGUCUCAAGUACCUUAAAGACAUUUAAGACAAGCCGCUACUUCCCUACCAGGGUUCGCUCCAUGGUGAGUGACUUCGCUGUGUUCCUCACCAUCUUCACUAUGGUGAUCCUUGACUUCCUGAUUGGCGUCCCGUCGCCAAAGCUCCAGGUUCCCAGUGUGUUUAAGCCAACAAGGGAUGAUCGAGGGUGGUUUAUUAAUCCCAUUGGCCCCAAUCCCUGGUGGACCGUGAUAGCCGCCAUUAUCCCGGCUCUCCUGUGCACUAUCCUGAUAUUCAUGGACCAGCAGAUCACCGCCGUCAUCAUUAACAGGAAGGAACACAAGCUCAAGAAAGGCUGUGGCUACCAUCUGGACCUGCUCAUGGUGGCCGUCAUGCUGGGAGUUUGCUCCAUCAUGGGCCUGCCUUGGUUUGUGGCUGCGACCGUCCUGUCCAUUACACAUGUGAAUAGCCUCAAGCUGGAAUCCGAAUGCUCUGCUCCGGGGGAGCAGCCCAAGUUCUUGGGCAUCCGAGAACAGAGAGUCACGGGGCUUAUGAUCUUCGUGCUGAUGGGCUGCUCAGUCUUCAUGACAGCUGUCUUAAAGUUUAUCCCGAUGCCAGUGCUCUACGGAGUUUUCCUCUACAUGGGAGUCUCUUCUCUACAAGGAAUCCAGUUCUUCGACCGCCUGAAGCUUUUCGGGAUGCCCGCAAAGCACCAGCCCGAUUUCAUCUACCUGCGGCACGUGCCGCUGCGCAAGGUGCACCUCUUCACGCUCGUCCAGCUCACCUGCCUCGUCCUGCUCUGGGUCAUCAAGGCGUCACCGGCUGCCAUCGUCUUCCCGAUGAUGGUCCUGGCCUUGGUCUUCGUCAGGAAAGUCAUGGACCUCUGCUUCUCCAAGCGCGAGCUGAGCUGGCUGGAUGACCUCAUGCCUGAGAGCAAAAAGAAGAAACUGGAUGAUGCGAAGAAGAAGGAGGAGGAGGAGGCUGAGAAGAUGUUGGACAUUGGGGGUGAUAAGUUUCCCCUUGAAAGCAGGAAGCUGCUAAGUAGUCCUGGCAAGAGCAACAGCUUCAGAUGUGACCCUUCUGAGAUUAAUAUAUCAGAUGAAAUGCCUAAAACCACGGUCUGGAAGGCUCUCAGCAUAAAUUCUGGCAAUACAAAAGAAAAAAGCCCCUUCAACUGAGAGCGUCUGCUGGGCGGACGAUUUGAGCCAUGCGGUGCCUCGGAGAAGUUCUGGGUUUUAAGAAAAUGGCGAGUCUCUCCAGGAAGAAGCCAAGCUGAGUCUGGCCCUGCUCUUGGUCAUCUCAAAGCCGUGCCACAUGGAAGCAUCCAGCCACUCCCGGUAUGCGUUUGGAGGACCUCCAGCUACCCGCAUACCAGCAGCCAGGCACCAGCAGGCCACGGUGGGGCCUCCUCCCGCCGCCUCCUUUCCUCUUCCUUCUUUUUCUUCAGAGCUGCCACCAUUAAAGAGCCAGCUUCCAUUUUCAGACAUUUUCUCUGAUACUCUGCUGGCCCUGGUAAGCCACAUGAGUCCAUGCUGUCAUGGAGGAUUCCUUUGUGCGAGCCCUCUUCCUGAACGAUAGCCUGGGGUAGUUAGUGGCAGGGGUAGUGGCAGAGGCAGGACAAGGGCAGGCUUGUGAGCAGCCUGUGCCUCAGUUCCUUCCUGCUUGGGAGGGGAUGUUGGACAGACAGACACAAUAGCAGGUCCGCUACCUGAGCCCUACCAUCCAGGCAUCAACAGCAACCACCAGAGCUAACUGCCUCUGGCCUGGGGUCAUGCACAUCACCUCCAGAAGCAGUCGGCAUAACGCCGAGACCUUGGAAGAUGUGAGGACUACACAAGAGUUCGGCUGAUUUCAGGAAAGGCCCAGGGGAAGCCAGCAACGAUAAGCGAAUGAGCAUCUUUCUUUGGAACUAGAGAAAGAGGAGCCUAACUUGCUAUGGAAGGACUUGGUUUAGACUUCCAGGCCUGAAGAUUUGUUCCAGGUCUGUCUUGUUGACCACGUAGGAAGGAGCCACCGACAACUGUCUGUAGGUAGGAGGGCAGAUCCGGGUUGCUACGGCUGUUCUGGGUGGACUGUUUGACAUGCAGCUGUCACCUCUCAAGGCAACACUGUUACUCCACCCCGAAGAGAACUGAAUGCUCACGGAUGUCCCUUAGCUGCCCAGCAGAGAACACAAUCACCAUCAGCUCCGUGGACCAAAAUCACCGUCAGCCAUCGCCGUGGCUUCCUCACUGUGGAGUUCUUUUGGUUGACAGAAGUUCUGACUCAGAUGUGAAAGCCACACAAAUGAACUGUGAGCGGUGAAGUCAAUCUGGAUACUUAAAAGUAUGCGUCUGAUUUUUCUGUAUUGCAAAACCAUCAUCAGGUUUUUGGCCCAAGCGCUUAUAGACCACCCCUUCCUCUGAGCACAGAGUGUGACUGGUGACCUGGCUGUGCCGUUGUCCACUGGGACAGUCUCUGUACAAAGGCCAUGCACACAGUGUGCUGUCCUCUCCUGGGUGAAGAAGUGCCACGUCAUUCGACCACAGUUUGCUCCCCUCGGACUCUGAGGCAUCUAGUCCUUCUCUGAAGGCCUUUGUUGUCAUGGGGGCGGGGGCACCCCGUGUUGCCAGUCCCUGCCUACCUGUCGGGACCACUGCCAUAUCGAUGCAAGAUAUUUGACAACUGGUACAGGACAGACAGGCGCCACCCAGAGCUGGUGUCUUCUGAAAAUAGCGGUAGGCAUUGCUGUUCAGGGCCUGUGGGAUGAGUGUGACCCUGCUUCCAACUCCCAAAAUGGCCUCUGGAAUGUGUGCACGGUUCCUGAUUUGUCUGCUUUCCACUCAUGAGAGAUCUUGUUGUGUCUCAGCAACCGCUCUGGUUGCUCUGAGGCAGUCCAUACUGGAACAGGCAGGGUUCUUAGAAAUCAGUGGGCAUUAAAGUUUUGGUGAGCCAGGUUUCCCAAGCAUAUCACUUGAGGACAGAUCUAAUAAGUAUAGCCCUCGCCCACCUGGAUUCGGAGCCAGCCUGUCACUGGGCAAGGUUUUGAUGGCUUCCGGGCCUUCCGCACACUCGCGUCUUUCCUCACAGCUUUCACUCUCUGCGAGCACCCCUUCUCUUCCCCUUCUGGUUUCUCUUUUCUUUUCCUGAUACCUCCUGUGUAGGGAAACCGAUAGUGGUUCACCCUGCCCUGGCCUCAGUGCACCUGAGAGAUGUGUCACCGUGAGGAGCCUGACGUGCUAGGGAGCCAGUGACUUGUCACUGAAACUCGCUCUUCUGCAUGUGAUGUUUGCGUUGCCUCCUGUGAGCCGCACCCUGGCCGGAGGGUGGAGGCUGCUCUCACUCGCUCGCUCGCUCGCUCGCUCGCUCUCAACGAUGCAGUUGUGGGACUUCAUGCCCACAUUUGCACGAGUCAUCUCUUCUAUGACCAGGGUCGCUCUCAGACACGUCUUGAAUGUGGCCAGCUAAUGUCAUGACAUGCUGGUAAUGUCAGCUGGUCAUAUGAACAGAGUUGGGGGAGACUGGUAUUCAAGAACACAUUAAGUGAAGCCUUGGCUCUGAGGGGAAAGAUGGAGGGUUCCGAAGUGGCCGGUUGCUUCCUGAUGAGCAUCAGGGAAGGGUUGCUCUAGAGAAAGGUGAAGAGCUGGAGAGAUGUAAUGUGCAAUUGCCAAAUGUGUUUGGUUGCAUAACACGCACAACUUGGGAAGCUUUGUCCGGAGGCUCGGGGCUUUCCCGCUAACCCCAUGCUGGGCGGGUCUCCUUAAUCAUGAAAACCUGCCUUCCUGUGCACCACCUCUCUCCAAAAGACAAUGUGAACAGUUGUGGUUUCUCAUUGUCGGUGAUGGAGCAGACUUUUCAAUUACUCAUAAAUGUUGGAUAAAAAUGUGGUAUUCUACGUUCCCAGCCUGCCCAGACUCUGGAGUCUGUGGUUGACAAUCAUCCAGAAAAGACAGUUCCUGACUUCAUUUUUCCUCUACCUGCUCAGCUCUCCAGACUUCCUCCUGAGGCGGGAGGCAGGGAUUCUCCUGGUGCCCUGUGUAGUGGCUGCAGUGUCUAUCCUGCACCACUGGGUGUGCUUUAGUUCGUAAUGAGUGUCAAAGACACCGUCUCCUGUGUGUCUCCUGCCACUUGGCGGCUGUCCCUGAAGGUCUUUUGCAAGAGCAACAGUGGCUCCUCCUAGAACUUUUAACUUUAAUUGUGGGUAUUUUACCUAUACACACACACACACACACACACACACACACGUCUUUGCACCACACGUACCCCGUGCUUCCAGAGAUCAGAAGGAAUCGGACCCUCCUGGAGCUGGAGUUAGAGCUGUGAGCUUCCCUGUGGAUGUGGAAUUUAACUGAAUCCGGAUGGAGCUGGUCUUUGCUGCUUUGUGGGCCCUUAUUUUCUUACCCUUUGUCCCCUCAUCCAGUUUCACCCUUGACACUAGAUAAGACAGAAAUGAGGAGAGGAGAGAGAGAGAGCCCUGAAUCUAAAUUCCUUUUGUUUCCUUUUUGAGCGAGACUACUAAGAAACCAUAACCAACCACACACCCCAAAUGACCGACAACCACACACCCCAAACGACCGACAACCACCCACCCCGCCAUUCGGUGCCCAGCAUUUAUAGACCCCCUGAAAAGUUCCUGGAAUUCCAAACAUGACACAAUCCCAGAAACCGUCUGCAGCUGGCAAAACCACGCCUCUGCUAGAGCAUGAGGCAAAUCCUGUCAGUUGCUGUGGACAGUCCGAAGCAACCCCACACCCCACACCCAGGAUUAAAACAACAUUCUCAUAUUUCUGUUUUUUAAAGAAACCAAGAUUCCAGAGUUCUCACUACGGUUUCCCCACUUCUAAGUUAUUAAUUGUGCUGUGUGUAUAGGGAAAUUAUAAAUAGACAUUUUCAAGGAACCUGAAAAUGGAGUUUUCAGGUCAGUGCCAAGAUGUUCAGGAGCCCUCUCCUGCUCAAGUCUAAUCUUUCCGAUGGUAUCCACAGCUUUUCAUUUCCUGUGAAGUAUAAACAAUUCCCUGUCCCCAACGCAAAACUUUCCUGUUCUAAUAGUAACACAUAGCCGGGCGGUGGUGGCGCACGCCUUUAAUCCCAGCACUUGGGAGGCAGAGGCAGGCAGAUUUCUGAGUUCGAGGCCAGCCUGGUCUACAAAGUGAGUUCCAGGACAGCCAGGGCUACACAGAGGAAUCCUGUCUCAGAAAAAAACAAAAACAAAAAAAUAGUUGUAACACAUCCUUAUAUUGUGAAAAAAUCAAUUUUUCCUCUCAGCCCCUGCUCCAGGAAUGACCACUCUUGAGACUAUUAUUAAAUGCCUCCCUCGGUCAGAGCUCUGGCUCCUGCCCUGCCUGGCUCAUAACUUAUUUAACCAUUCAAACUAUUCUCUGUCAUCCUCAUGGUUAGUUCCCUCUCCUCAGUGCCGGCUGGCUUCUUCCUCUCCGCCACCUCAGUGUCUCCAUAAUGUCUUGCUCCUUGUCUCUCCCUGCAUCUCCUUUUAUUCUCCAUCUCCUAGAAUUCUCUCUUCCUGCCAUUGUCCCACCUCCUAUUUCCUGCCUCAGCUCUUUAGCCAUCAGUGUUUUUAUUGACAAGAGAUGCUUGUAAGAGGUUUUACAGGCUGAUGUAAUUCCAGUUUUUUUUUCUAUAACCUAGUAUCUCUCAGUUACUGCUGUUCCUUUCUUAUUAAUUUUCAGAAAAUUUAAAGUUAGCAGAGAGCUAUUAAUUCUGAUUUUUCUCUUUAUAUUAGAGCUUCUAGUCCCACACAUUUCACCCAUCGUACACUUUGUUUUAUCUAACUUUCCAGUUCCUAGAAACUGUAUAAACUUUUCAAAGUGGCCAUUUUGAAUGCCAAGAUUUUUGUGAAAUGAUAGUUCCAUCAGCUCCUGUAUCCACAAAUUUGUCUACUUCAAUACCGUUUAUGCGAAUUUUUAAUGUUCGCCUCUGAUCAUUAACAACUGUUUGCUAGAACACACGUUUUCCAGUCCUCCCAAACCCUCCUGUUCUUUCCACUGGAGGGGCUUUGUCUUUGGGAGCAGUAGCCACUGAGCGACCCUAUCACCUGCAUUAAUUUGCAUCUCUCUCUCUCUCUCUCUCUCUCUCUCUCUCUCUCUCUUUUUUACAUAUGCCAAUAACUUUAAUUUUUCCAUUGAAAUCUUCAUCUGUGAUUCCUGGAGGCACAGUGAAUCCUUGGGAAGUCAAUCCGUUUAUUCCCAAGAUUUUCCCUAUUGUCUCCGCAGGCAAAGGACCGUGUGAACUUUUGUGGUCAUUUUGUAGCAUUUAGGUUUGGAACUAAAGUAAUUAAUGUGGCCAGGUGAAGCAGUGCUGCCUGCAGCAGCAUUAGCUCUCCAGUGUGGAGCGAGUGAGCUGAGGAUUUGGUCUGCCUGUUACUGCUUGAAUGAAACAGCUCACACAGUGUUCGCUUGGCAGGGACCUAAGAUAGCCCCCUACCCCGGGCCGUUUCCUUGAAUCUCUCUUUUGGAUCUGCAAUCCUAAAUCCAAUGGCUGCCUUUGCUAAAGUGCAGACACAUCGCAGGAAGCUUAGGCGUCCUCUCUGUUUCAUAUUCAGGAAAACCAUUGCUGCUGGGAACACUUAUUCACUCUUCUGCUGCAAAGUGCUGUCUUUCUCACAAUUAACUUACCGUGCAUUUUCAGAUCUGAGGUUUUAGGUUUGGUCACAGUCUCUUUGCAAAUGACCAUAUUUCCCGAAAUUGAAGCACUGGGCAGUUUGAGAUCAGAGUCUUCUAGCUCUAGCUGACCUGUCAUAUCAGCACGGUACACAUUAGAACCAAUAUUGGUCAUAUCCCUUUUCCAUUCUGCCAUAGACACCGCUCGAGCCUUCAAUGGCCUAAUAACCUUACAUUUGGUUUUCGCUUUUUCAACCACCAAGGUCUUCUCAACACCUACCUUGCAUCAGGGUCUGAUACAGCUUCCCUCACAGCUGAGACUCACAUCUGCAAUCAGUGACAGCUUCUGUACAGCCUUGAAUUACCUUCGUAAAUGAGGUGGUCUUUUUUUCCUGGGCCCCUCAAAUUUGUCCCAAGUUUUUAAGCCACUAAGGAACAUUGUUCUAUAGUAACAGUAUGAAAUUGAACCUAUUCUGUAUAUCAGAGCACUGCCCUUCAGCCAGACCUGUAGAGCUGCUGGGGUCGGUUCAGAGAGCCACCGCUAGAGCGCCUGUCUUUGUGGCCAGGGACUAAAGAAGAGGACGAUGGGAAAAUGGGAAAAUCAUCCACUGAGUGGCUGAAGCAAGGCAAGCUCCAACAACUGUGUCUUUUCCUUUAUUUCUUUUGUACCCCACAGUCUCUAAAAAUAGUCACCACAAAACACAUCCUUCGAAAAACAGGUUAAAAUCACCACACAAAUAGAAAUUGCAACAGGAUCACCGAUUACACAGUCUUCAUUUGGGACUUUCGCCUAACUACGUUCCUCAUCUUUCUCUCCACAAGUUCAUCACCACCCCAAAGCAAUAACUCUCCUGUCACAGAUUGACAAGGCUUAAACAGACCAAGUCGAGAGCAGUGCGUGUCCCCUGUGCUUAGCUGGUGACAGCCUUACCUAGUCAGCUAGACUGGCUAGUCCCCUCUCUGUUCAAUGAAAUCACCUGCUCCUUGUCCAUGACCUUCCUUCUCACGGUGCACACAGAAACCCGUGCCACACCCCUAGACCACAAGAUCAAGGAACCUAGGCCCAACCUGGAAUGAAUCCCGCACUUGUAACUUGAGGCUCACUGGGCUCCUCCCCUCACUGUGCAGGGCUCCUCCCCUCACAGUGCAGGGCUCCUCCCCUCACUGUGCAGGGCUCCUCCCCUCACUGUGCAGCUCUUGCCAUCCCACCAGAAGCGGCCACGCUCUAUUCUUGAUUCGAACUUUAAACUUUCUAUCAACUACUCUUAACUUCCCAAAAUUAUUUAAAUUAACUUCCCAAAAGCUACUUUAAAUUGGCAUUUCCAUAAAAUCAUUAAUUCAUCUAAACGGCAUAAUCUCAAGAAUGUUUAUCUUCACAUUGAUCUUGAGGAUCCUUGCCCAGCAGAGCGGGCUAUCACCCAGUAGUAGUCAUACCAGGCUAGAGAGGCGGCGAGGGUCUCACCACGCCCAGUCUCAACACAUCAAAUACAUGAGGGAUAUAGCAACGACAAACAUGAGAAGGCUCACCAGUAGCAAGAAGCAUCUCCAGGGCCCAGCCACACCGUGGGCCGGCUCCUGGAAGCUCACUGGUCCACUGCAGCUCUUCCUGUGUGGCAUUCACUGUCCCCUGGAGGAAAGAAUCAUCUCCUCACAGGCCACAGCUGAGGUGAGAGCUGCCAGGCCAGUGGCCUCUGAUGCUCCCAGAGGACUGGAUGGCUCUGUUCCGGCACGACAAGCUCCCACGCUCACCUGUAUUGAUAUCUCCAUUCACUAUAAACAGGAAAAGACAUCCAGAGGCCAAAUCAAGGCAAACUUUCUACUGUAGCUGUGACUGACUCUUAGUGUCUGCCUCCAAACAACCUUGUGUUUUGGAGACAGGGUCUCACUGUGCAGAGGACGCUAGCCCUGACCUCACGGCAAAAUUCUUCCUCCCAGCUGCCGGGCCAAGUAUGCACAACCACACCUGGCUUUGUCCUUGGUGUCUUGUAAGCUCGGUUCUUCAGUACCUUUUUCUUUGUGGCCAGAAAGGAUAAUUUUCAUAAACAAAGGGGGCGUGAAGUAAGUAGUGCUGUUUGGAGUGUGUGAGAGGAAGUCUCUUCUCAGCAGCCUUCAGGAGUGAGUCCUCCUCAGGCAUGAGUCAUUUCAGGGUCCUGUGCUCAGCAGGGAUGGAUUGGUUUGGGGGUCCUUCUGGAGAGAAAAGGAGCAGACUCUUCCACCCCAGGUCUAACCCACUUUGAGGAUUGGUCGGUGAAUAGCUUUCCCCUAAGUGGUGUUUCCUGAGCAGCAGGGAGGCCCUCCCUCCCUGCCUCUCACCCACAGGCCUUUUCUAAGCUCAGCAGCAAUCUUAUCUUGGACAUCGCUUAGAGGGUUUAUGGGUGACUUCAGCACACACGGUUUUACUUGUGCACCAGCCUGAGUGUGCAACUGUCCUUUUGUGAAAGGAGCCAAAAUUCUUCCCGUCCUUCCUCCUGUCUCGUCUCUGUUUGUUGGUUAGAAGUGGCUGGUGGCGUCCUGUGGAGAGCAGAGCAACCUUCCCAUGGAAGGAGCACCGUGAGGCGCUGGUGCGGCUCCCUCGUUGUCUAUGUUCUUCUCUCUAGUAGGUCUCAAGUAGAGACAGAUUUUUUUUUUUUAGAGAUUCCAAAGUCUAUAUUUUUAGUGUAAGAAAUGUACCCUCUCCACACUUCAUGCCAUAAAUAGAAAUGGGAAUAAAAUGUCCCAUUGUGAUCACCCCGCGUAGCAAUGUAUGGUAGAAAUAAGGCCCCGGGACAGGUAACCGGGUGUGUCUCUGAGCCCUCUCUGCCUGCCCACCCUUGUGUGUGUUCAGCUCUUUGGCUGACAAAUAAAGCCUGU